AUGGCCGAGCUUGCGCUGGGCGUUGCUGGCAUCGUGCCCUUGAUCGGCGGUGCGAUUAAGGCAUACAAAGAAGUCAAACGCAAGUUGAAGCUCUUUCGACACCGCUCCAAAGAGACCAAAAAGUUACAGAAAGUUCUCAGGAUUCAGCGUCAAGUUUUCGCCAACGAAUGUCGAUUAUGGCUCAAAUUUGUCAUUGAGGACGAUGAUAUUGCUGCAGACAUGGUAUCCGACGCCGACCACGAUGGUUGGCGUGGGCCUGAUCUCGAUGCCUCACUUCGAUCCCGAUUGCACGAAAACUACGAUACAUGGCAUGAUAUUACCGCCGAAAUCUCUCAGAGUAUUAGUACUCUGGAAGCAGAUAUAAUGAAUUUGGAAGAGCGCACUAAGGCGAAGAGCGGAAAAUUGAAGAACAUUGUUAGAAAAGGUCAGGAGGGUGUCAAAGUUGCAUUAAACGCAGCUACUUUGGAGAAGACGCUGGACAAGCUUCGGUCAUCCAAUAACGAGCUCAAGGGCCUGAGAGAGCAGGUUGUGGAGAUCCACGAACCAAAGUCUUGUUCCGCUGUCCGCGCUAAAUCUUCUCGGAGAGGAGACUGGGCUAGUCUCAUCAGGACUCGAAGGGCCUCGAAGGCUCUCUAUGAGGCACUGGUGCGGACAUGGAAUUGUGGACAACCUGGUCACCUCGGGCAUGCCGUGAAGCUCUGGAAGUACGAUCGCAGAACUUGGAAUGGAUCGAGCCCAAACUCCCUGGGCAGCUCUCCUCUACUCAAGAGGACGGAUCUGCUUCUCACAAGCGACUCAAGGUUGUGA